CGCAGCGGGCAGCGAGCGCAGUGGGCGGGGCGGCCGGGCCGGGCGGCGGCGCCGCAGUGACUCGUCGGGCUUGGCGGCGGCGGCGGCUUCCGAGGUUUGAGGGGAGCGGACCGUGUGGUCGGUGGGCUGCUGCGGCCUCGCAGCGACCUUUGUGCAGAGCCCUUCCCUCCUCGGGCGGCUGCGGUGGGCACACCCGGGAGCGGCGGCCACCGCGGCCAGGUUAGCGUGGGGGAAGGGGCGAGUGCUGGAGUAGCCCAUCUGCAGCCAGUGAGUCCAAGCCGGCCCAUCUCCCACCAUGUCCGACGAGGCGUCGGCCACCACUUCCUAUGAGAAGUUUUUAACCCCAGAGGAGCCCUUCCCUCUCCUAGGAGCCCCUCGCGGGGUGGGCACCUGCCCCAGCGAGGAACCUGGCUGCCUAGACAUCAGCGACUUCGGCUGCCAGCUCUCCUCCUGCCAUCGCACGGAUCCGCUCCACCGGUUUCACACUAACAGGUGGAACCUCACUUCGUGUGGUACAAGUGUCGCAAGCUCAGAAUGUAGUGAGGAGCUGUUCUCGUCCGUUUCUGUUGGAGAUCAAGAUGAUUGCUAUUCCCUGUUAGAUGAUCAAGACUUCACUUCUUUUGACUUGUUCCCCGAGGGAAGUGUCUGCAGUGAUGUCUCCUCAUCUAUCAGCACGUACUGGGAUUGGUCAGAUAGUGAAUUUGAGUGGCAGUUACCUGGCAGUGACAUUGCCAGUGGAAGCGAUGUACUUUCUGACGUCAUACCUAGUAUUCCAAGUUCACCUUGCCUGGUUUCUAAGAAGAAAAACAAGCACCGGAAUCUAGAUGAGCUUGCUUGGAGUGCAAUGACAAAUGAUGAACAGGUGGAAUAUAUUGAGUAUCUGAGCCGUAAAGUCAGUACUGAGAUGGGCCUUCGGGAGCAACUUGACAUUAUUAAAAUCAUUGAUCCUUCUGCUCAGAUCUCCCCUACAGACAGUGAGUUCAUCAUUGAACUUAACUGUCUCACAGAUGAAAAACUGAAGCAGGUCAGAAACUAUAUCAAAGAGCAUAGCCUUCGUCAGCGGCCUACAAGGGAGGCCUGGAAGAGAAGCAACUUUAGCUGUGCAAGCACCAGUGGAGUGAGCGGUGCCAGUGCCGGUGCUAGUGCCAGUGCCAGUGUCAGUGCCAGCAGCAGCAGUGCCAGCAUGGUCAGUUCUGCAAGCAGCAGUGGGUCCAGUGUUGGAAAUUCAGCUUCAAACUCCAGUGCCAACAUGAGUCGAGCACACAGUGACAGCAACCUGUCUGCAAGUGCAGCAGAGCGGAUUCGGGAUUCAAAAAAGCGAUCCAAGCAGCGAAAGCUACAGCAGAAGGCCUUCCGCAAGAGGCAGCUGAAGGAGCAGAGGCAGGCACGGAAGGAGAGGCUCAGUGGGCUCUUCCUCAAUGAAGAGGUGCUCUCCUUGAAAGUGACUGAGGAAGACCAUGAAGCAGAUGUUGAUGUUUUAAUGUAAUAGGGUGACUUGAUCAGUGUUCUUUCGAAGCAUUAUUCUCUCUUCAUUAGUUUACAUGCAUCUUGACCAAAAUUUUGGUUAGGGUUGUGCUGAUGUACCAUUAAUAAUUUAGGCCAGUGGUUCUCAGAGAGUAGCCCCAGCACCCACAGCUUUCAGCAUCCUCUGAAAAGACCUUAGAAUUGCGUUUGGGUCCCAUUCUAGACCCAUAGGCAGUGUGGAUUUGGAGCAGCACUGUGUUUUAACUAAUGCCAGAUUAUUCUCAUGCACAUUCUCAUUUAAAGGCCACUGGUAAAUGUCUUAACUACUUUAAUUUUAUGGUGAUUAAGUAGGCUUUUCAAAGACUACUGCAUUUACAGUUUGGGAAACUUCAAAGUACUCAUGUCAAGUAGUUUAUUUUGUCAGUAUAUAUUUAGGGUCUGUAAUUCAGUUCUCUUCUUAAUGAUAAGAUUUUUUUUUUUUAGUUUACUUUUUCAAAAGGGCCAUAGUAUAAUUCUUAGUUCCUAGGGGCAAAGCUUUUUUGAGGUGAGGGUGCACAUAAGGUAUGCAUUGCUAUUUACAAUAGUGCCUUCAUUAGGUUUAGUUCUGUUUUCAUUUAUUAUUAAUGCAAAGGUAUAAAAAAGGGCCCUAAUCUUUUCUAAUUAGAUGUGGGUUUUUUGUUUUUCUCUACUUUAUGUAAAGUGAGAAUUAUUUCUGCAAGUGAUAACUACUGAGAAAAUAGUGCUACAUUAGUGACAUUUUAGACUUAACGUUGUGUUGAUUAAGUUGCAAGCGGAGAUUCCAGUUAGGCAAUGAUACCAAUCAAAAUUUCCCAUUGUAUCCUUAAAUUUUAGGCUGUCAAAUAAUCUCCAAACUAGAACAUGUAUCUGUUUCUCUCUAUCAAAAAUUUUUAAUGUGGUACAUCUCCAAUUUUACAUGUUUGACAUGUGAACAGGUUGAUGUUUCAAAUUAGCUGGCAGACCACUUGGAGUUCAACAAACUUUAGAGAUUGCUGUGGGUAUAUGAAGCAGUAUGCUGUAGAAAAAACACCUUUGUUGGUGCCUAGUAGGACUCUUAAGUCUAAAUGUGAGAUCAUGGAGUUUCUUUGAUCAUGUUUUCAAAGAAUUCAUUAUCAUGAACUUAGAAAUAGCCUGAUUCCUUUUCUUCUAUGUGACUUUGAGCAUUGACAUGGGCUAGAGAAGAUACAAACUGAGACUACUGACAAUCAACUUGUUUUCCGGUGUUCGUGAUUUUCACUUUUACUCUUGCAUCUAGAAAGCAAACUGGGCAAUCUUUUGAAAAGGCUACAGAGUUCAGAGGUUAAUAGAGUUUCAACAUCAUUUAACUUUAGUUCUUCAAAAAGAUUAACAACUUAAGAUUCUUAACUUUUAGUCGCUAUAAAGGCUUAAAGUUUACUGAAUUAAAAAGUGAAGCUUUAAUCCUGGUAUGUUGACAUAACAGGAGGCUGAGGUGAGGAUUUGUAAAUUCAAAGCAAGCCUAGGCUGCAUAGUGCUACUAAAAUUUUGUAUACAUUUAAAAUUUUUUAAUUUUAUUUUGUUUUUGUUUUUGUUUUUGUUUUUUUGAAGGCUAAAGAAUUGAAAUUGAGGGUAAAAAUUAGUACCUUACAGCAUUGCUGUGAGGCCUGUGGUCUGGCUGUAACUUUUGAAUGCCUACUAAGAUCAGAAUUUAAAAUGCUACGAAGUUAAUAGCAUGAAUAUGUGUGCUUUCAGUUCACGUAGUAUUUCUGACUCUCCUACCGUCUUUGGUACUCCAUCUUAGCUUAAAGGGACCAAAGAGAUCUUGGGGUCAGAUCCUAGAAUACUUAUUAAAGAAGAGAAGCAAAUACAUCUAAACUGUCUGCCUUCCCUUAGUCAUAGCAAAAUUCCACAGAGGAAACAAACCACAUGUUCUUCCUAUUCUCUAAGGAAGGUAGGCCACAUGGAGAUACAGGGCAACAUGUAUCUAUCAACCCACUUGCAAGCUAUUUAUUUGUUGAUGCUCAGUAAAAGAAAAUCCAAAACUGGAACAGGAUAUAAUUUAAGACUAAUAAUGUCUCUAGUCUCCCCAAAAUCAUAUAGUCUUCUUAACUUAGAUUUAACUUGUCACUAUUGAGGAAGUUUACCAAAGUGCCAUGGGCAGAUUUUAAAUGUCUAUAAAGGUUUGAGUAUUUAUAGAAGUAUGUCAUAAAAUUUUCUGUGAGUCCAGAUUCACUCUGUAUGUUAGAACUGGAAUGUAAAGUGUCGAUUUAGUGGAGAUUGAAAAUACUGCUUUCAUUUAAAAGAAAAAUAAGGUGGAACUCCUAGAGUUUAUGAUCUGAGAGAGAGAGAGAGAGAAAGAGAGAGAAAGAGAGAGACUGAUUAAAAUCUUUCUCCUUCCCUCCAAAACAAGCUAUCACAAAAGGGCAAAAGUCUCUUCGUGUCUUUCGUUAUCUGUGCUCUGUUAUCUGUUAGGAUGUUUUGAGUAGAUAAUUCAGAGGGAAUUGUUGAAAUAGGUAGUAAUUUAUUAAAUCUGGUAUCUCCACAAGGUAUAUUUGAAACAGCUUCAAGUCAGCAUCUUUUUUUCUCUUUUCAGUGGAAAACCUACUUAAUCAGUUAAUUAA